CUUCCAGCUCGGCCUACGACAUGCGGCUGCGCCAGAAGGUGGCGGUGAAGAAGCUAUCGCGCCCCUUCCAGUCGCUGAUCCACGCGCGGAGGACGUACCGCGAGCUACGGCUGCUCAAGCACCUGAAGCACGAGAACGUUAUCGGGCUUCUGGACGUCUUCACUCCAGCCACGUCCAUCGACGACUUCAGCGAAGUGUACCUGGUGACCACCCUGAUGGGCGCAGACCUGAACAACAUCGUUAAAUGCCAGGCGCUGAGCGACGAGCACGUCCAGUUCCUGGUUUACCAGCUGCUGCGCGGGCUGAAGUACAUCCACUCGGCGGGCAUCAUCCACCGGGACCUGAAGCCCAGUAACGUGGCAGUGAACGAGGACUGUGAACUCAGGAUCCUGGACUUUGGGCUGGCACGCCAGGCUGACGAGGAGAUGACCGGCUAUGUGGCCACGCGCUGGUACCGGGCACCUGAGAUCAUGCUCAACUGGAUGCACUAUAACCAGACAGUGGACAUCUGGUCUGUGGGCUGCAUCAUGGCAGAGCUGCUCCAGGGAAAGGCCCUCUUCCCAGGGAAUGAUUACAUCGACCAGCUGAAGCGCAUCAUGGAGGUGGUGGGCACGCCCAGCCCUGAGGUUCUGGCAAAGAUAUCCUCUGAGCACGCCCGGACAUACAUACAGUCCCUGCCUCCCAUGCCCCAGAAGGAUCUCCGGAGCAUCUUCCAAGGAGCCAACCCUCUGGCUGUGGACCUGCUGGGACGAAUGCUGGUGCUGGACAGCGACAAGCGGGUCAGUGCGUCUGAAGCCCUGGCCCAUGCCUACUUCAGCCAGUACCACGACCCCGAUGACGAGCCCGAGGCCGAGCCCUACGAUGAAAGUGUGGAGGCCAAGGAACGCACAGUGGAGGAGUGGAAGGAGCUCACCUACCAGGAAGUCCUCAGCUUCAAGCCCCCAGAGUCACUACAGCCACCUGACAGCCUGGAGAUUGAGCAGUGAGCCGCUGCUAGCCACACUCCAGCUCAUGGAAUGGGCUUGAGCCUGCCCCUCCCCAGCACACUGGCAUCCCAUGAAGGGUGCCUCCCAACACCCCUAGGGCCCGGCAGCCCUGACUCCUGGCCUGGGACCCAUCAGCCCGCACGCUGCACCUCAAGGGAGCCUGUACACACAUGUGGGAACUCAGGAAAACGUGUGCACACGUGCAUGCCAUGUCCCUGCGCCUACGGUGGUGACUCCCACCCGGCCAUCUGGGUGUCCCUGGGGGCCGCACAGUG